AUGGUGAAGGAGUUUAAUGGGUUUAAUUUAGUUGCUCAUAACUGUUUGAUUAAUGCAAAUGUUGACUGGGGAAAUGUCAGUGAAGCACGUCGUCUGUUUGAUGAAAUGCCUGAAAGAAAUGAGGUUUCUUGGACUGUGUUGAUUUCGGGGUUGUUAAGAUGUGGAAGAGUGGAUGAGGCAAUGUGGUAUUUUGGGAGAAACCCUUUUCAGAAUGUGUUUUUGUGGACAGCGACUAUUAGUGGGCUUGUACAUAAUGGAUUGAGUUAUGAAGCAAUGGGAGUGUUUGUGAAAAUGCUUGCAUCUGGGGUUGCGCCUAAUGAUGUUACUUUUACUUCUGUUGUUAGAGCUUGCGGUGAUUUAGGUGACUUUGGAUUGGGAAAGAGUGUGUUGGUGUUGAUCGUUAAGUUUGGUUUUGAGGAUAAGUUAUCUGUUUCCAAUUCUUUGGUUUCUUUUAAUUUGAAGUUAGGCAAUAUUGACUUAGCUAGGAGAAUUUUCAAUCGUAUGGAGGAAAGAGAUGUGGUUUCUUGGACCGCUAUUCUAGACAUGUAUGUGGAUACGGGGGACUUGAUAGAAGCUCGUCGGAUCUUCGAUGAAAUGCCAGAACGAAAUGAGAUUUCUUGGAGUGUGAUGAUUUCAAGGUACAGUCAGGGUGGCUAUUCCAAAGAGGCAGUGAGUCUGUUCCAUGAGAUGAUUCAAUGCGGGUUUAUACCUAAUACUUCGUGCUAUUCUAGUGUAAUUAGUGCAUUGGCCAGUCUGAAAGCUUUGCAAGAAGGAAAGAACAUCCAUGGGCAUGUCCUGAAGAUUGGGAUGGACAGAGAUAUCUUUAUCUUCUGUUCACUUGUUGACUUGUACUGCAAAAGUGGAAAUACUAAAGAUGGACGCCUCGUGUUUGACUCAAUUUUGGAGAAGAAUGUUGUUUGUUGGAAUUCAAUGGUGACAGGUUAUAGUUUGAAUGGCCAACUUGCAGAAGCUAAAGAAUUGUUUAACCAGAUACCUAAUAAAAACAACAUCUCCUGGAACUCUUUGAUCACUGGCUACAUAGAAACUGAAAAUUUUGACAGGGCAUUUGAAACGUUCAAUGAGAUGAUUUUGUCUGGAGAACAGUCUAAUAAAUCCACCUUUUCAAGUGUUCUAAAAGCUUGUGCAAGCUUAGUCUCAUUAGAGAAAGGCGAGUAUAUGCAUGCAAAAGUUGUAAAACUCGGCUUCCAGAAUGACGUCUUCAUGGGCACGGCACUUGUAGAUAUGUAUGCAAAAACUGGACAUAUUGAAAGUUCUAGGAAGGUCUUCAAUGGGAUGCUGAUAAAAAAUGAGAUUGCUUGGACGGCUAUGAUUCAAGGGCUUGCAGAAAACGGAUUUGCAGAGGAAUCACUUUCACUGUUUGAAGAAAUGGAACGGACUUCAACUAUUACGCCUAAUGACCUCAUUCUUUUGUCAGUUUUUUUUGCUUGCUCUCAUUGUGGUUUAGUUGAUAAAGGGCUCUUCUACUUCAAUUCAAUGGAGAAGGUUUACGGCAUAAAGCCAAGUGAAAGGCAUUAUACAAGUGUGGUGGACAUGUUGUCUCGAGCAGGACGCAUUUCCGAGGCAGAAAUGUUUAUUACAGAUAUGCCCUUUGAACCCGAAGUAAAUGCAUGGGCUGCUCUACUAAGUGGUUGUAAAACAUACGGGAACGAAAAACUAGCGGAGAAGAUAGCGAAAAAGCUGUCGGAACUGGCAGAGACAAAGUCUGGAGGCUAUGUUCUAUUGUCAAAUAUUUAUGCUUCUUCUGGUAGGUGGCUUGAUGUGUCGAAUAUAAGAAAAAUGAUGCAAGAAAAGGGCGUGAAGAAAAGCAGAGGCUGCAGUUGGAUCGAGGUGAGAAAUCGAAUCCACUUGUUUUUAUCACAGGAUGAUUCUCAUGCCCAAUCUUCAGAAAUUGGUGAGGUUUUAAAACUACUGAAUUCUGAAAUGGUGAUCCUAUAA